GCUGGCGUUUGUGUGUGUGCGUGCGCGUGUAUGUGUGUGAGUGAGCGAGCGAGCGAGCGUGUGUGUGUGUAUGUGUGUGUGUCAGCCGUACCCAUCAUGGCCCCUGAGCAGCAGCUGAUCAGACGGACCGCCGCUCCGCCAUCCUCCUCCAGCGAGCAGCGGCACCGGUGAAGAGGCUCCAUGUGUCCCCCAUCCUCGGUCAGAAAUCUGAGCAAGAGGGCCGCGCUCCAGCCGCCCAGCGCGAACAUGAACAAGGAUUAUUCCAUUAAUCUAUCGGUGCAGCAAGUGCUCAGCCUGUGGGUCCAGGGCACGGUACCGACCCUACAGCACUUCACAGAAAUGUGGUACUGGGUGUUCCUGUGGUGUCUAUUCUCGUCUCUGUUCGUUCACAGUGCCGUUGGUCUGCUGAUGUGUGUGACGCUGCAGCGUCAUAAGAGGGGACGGCUCAUCACACUGGUGCUCAUCAGCGUGGGGUUCUUGGCCUCUCUCACCGGCGGGGUCAUCACUAGUGCGGCAGUAGCAGGUGUGUACCGUCUGGCAGGGAAGGACAUGGCUCCUCUUGAGGCUCUGGUGUUCGGGGUGGGCCAGACCGCUUUCACCGUCAUCAUCUCAUUCUCACGGAUCUUGGCCACUCUCUAAAUGAAAUGAAAGCAUCAUUUACUGACACACCCAACAGCCAAUCGGCUGGCAGAAGAGCCGGGGUCGAGGUGAGUGGAGUUAUACCACAGGGGUUUGACCUGCGGUACAAAAAGAUGAGCUUUAGGAGUUACUAAUGACCAAUGGACCACUAUAUGAAAUGGCACUUUUGGAGAUUUUAACAUUUUGAAGAAGCAAAAACAGCAUUAUAGGCCAAUGACUGAAAUUCAAUCAACGUGCCAACUGCCUCGAUGGAGGAUUGAGAUGAAUCUACGGAUGUCUGUUUGUCUUUGUUAAACAUUUGUUUUGUUUUUGCACAUGGAUUGCUUCAGCUUUAUGUAAACUAGGUGGUUUUGGAGCCGUAGCUGGGUCGUAACGCCAAGAUGGGUGCAUCAAAAACAUCCUCUGAUAUUUUGACUGUGUCUGUCUGUCCUCAAACAUUUUCUAAUUCUGCUCAGCCAAACGGCCCGAAACAUUCCUGUUUGUGUUAUGAAUUUUCGCUCUGGUCCAGCAGUAUUACCACAUCCAGUUUUCUUCUUCCACUUUGCACUUUCUGCAUUUUGAAAACUGUCUACAAAGUGUAAGAUCUGUAGAAGGAAUGCUGGGAUGCAAUAUGGACAUUAAUUCAAGGAGGUUAGGUGUAAUCUGGUCUCUUGUAACCGAUAUACAUUUAUCCAUAAUGGAAAAAUGCCUUAUAAUAAUAUGGAAACACAUAAUGGAAUAUCAGUAUGAAUUUAACUCUGGUAUUUAAUCAUAUGUCAGUUUUAAAGCAAAGACAACAAGUAUUCAAAAAGUCACUAUGGCCUACAACGUCUUGUUUUGUCUCAAGAUGUGAUGUAAUCCAUCAACUGCGAUUAUAUCGUGGACACAUUCAAAUCUGAUCUUGUCCUUGUACAAAUAUUGUUAUUUCACAGUAUUUAACGUCUUCAUGUAUAAUCCAUUUUAUCCAGCAUUACUGUGGCAAUACUCUCCCUACUCGAAUAUGGGAACUUAAACCUCAGGCCUUAAAAGACAAGAGACACUCUUUCGUCCUGGACUCGUUCUAACCAGUUUGAGAGACUGGCGUAUGAUUUUCUCCUUUGGCGUCACUAGUUCAGCCUGAAAAAUGUGUUGUACUUGAAAGCUCUUGUGUGAAACUGUGCACUGAUGCCAUAAUGAAAACGGUCACUUGUGGGUCUUUGCCAACAGAGUGAAAUUGCACUGGUAAUUAUUUGCCUUCCAUAAGUUUCCCUUUUCCUGAUGGACUUCACCAAAACAGCAUGAAGUACAGUUCUGUAAGGAACAGGUGUGAGUGUCCCGGUGUUAAAAUGUUAAAUAGUUAACCAAAAAAAGAAAAUUUGCUGAAACUCAGUUUCAGGCCAUCUCAGAUAUAGAUGAGUUUGUUUCUUUAGAUUUAGAGAAAUUUAGCAUUACGUCACUUGCUCAUCAGUCGAUCAGUGAAUGGGUGCCGUCAGAAUGAGAGAUGAUAAAAACAUCACAAUAAUCGACAAGUAAUCCACAUGAAUCCAGUCCAUCAAUUAAGGUCUUAUGAAGACUGUAAUCUGUUACAUCGGUGUGUUUUUUACGAUACCUCACUGCUGCCAUUGGCUUUAUUACACUCUCAGAAAAAAAGGUACAGUUCUGUCGCUGGGGCGGUACCCUAAGGUACAAAAGUGAAAAGGUAUCUUUGUACCUUACCUACCCUUAAACAGUACAUAUUAGCACCUUAAAGGUACAUUUUAGUACUUCGAAAGUACAUAUUGAUACCUUAAAGAUACAUAUUGGUACUUUAAAGGUACAUAUUAAUACUUUAAAAGUACAUAUUUGUACGUUUUCACUGUACCUUUUUUCUGACAGUGUAUUGACAAAACAUUUUCCUUUCGUGAACAUCAUGAAUUUUGAGGUUUUAAUGCUAAUAUUUGAAGACCAUUUGAUUAGUUGUACAUUUGAUUUACAUUCAAAUGUAAAUGUUUGAAAAAAAUUAAAUAGUUAUAUAUAUAUAUAUAUAGUACUGUGCAAAAGUCUUAGGCCACUAGUAUUUUCAUCAGCUAAAAAAUGGUCAGUUAAAGUGGGUCUUUUGCUGUAGUGUGUCAGUAGGAAACAUCAGAUUACAUUUCUAAACAUUUAUUUGCCAUUAAUCGUAAUAAUCCAGUGAGAUUUUUGUUUGCACAAGGAGUCUGACAACAGUGAGUGCUCUGAUCUGAUCUCAUCAUCAUCCAGUCUGUCUGGAAUGACAUGAAGAAACAGAACAAACUCAGACAGACUAAAUCCAGAAGAACUGUGACAAAGUCUCCAGGAUGCUUCAAGAAACCUACCUGCAAAGCUAGCAUCAUUUACAAACAGAAAUGGUCCAGAACAGUUCUAAACAAAUAUGUUGAUGGAUUUUGAUGUGAGAUGACAACAGAGGGUGGACUUUUUCACUGGAGGAAGCGGUAUUAUGGAUUAUGGACUCUGAAAACAGCAGUUUAAAAGUUAUAACACCAUAAUGGAUUGUUUUUAAUAAGCCUUUUAAUUCAUAAGAUGUUAAUUACAUCUGUGUGGAUUACUUGUGGAUUACUGUGAUGUUUUUAUCAGAUGUUUGGAUUUAUCCAUUGGUAAGCAAGUGACAUAAUGUCUCCAAAUCUGUUCUGAUGGAGGUUCUGAUGGAGAGUGAGUAAAUUUUCAUUUUUGGGCCAACAGUUUCUUAAAAUGGAAAAUGAUUUGAAUGGUGAACAGUGUGGAAUGUGAUUACAGUGGUGUGUUUUUUUGACACCUCACUGCUGCCACUGGCUUUAUUAUUGACAAAACUUUACUUGUUUUCUGUUUCUUUUUAUGAACAUCAUGAAUUUUGAGGUUUUAAUGCUAAUAAUAACCUAAUCAUUGAAGACCAUUUGAUUUGUUGUACAUUUGAUUUACAUUCAAAAAAUGUUAUUGUUUUUUUCUUCUUCUUCUUCUUCUUAUUUUUUUUAAUAUAUAUCAUUCGCCGCCUUUGAAUUAUAAGGCACUUUUGUACUUUUGAGAUACUGAACUUCAAAGUUUUUGCAUUCCAUAGACUUUUGUAGCUAGAACUUUUUUGUUUUCUAAAAAAAGUCCCAAAAUGUACACAGCUUACGAAAGAAACAUCACAUAAUGAAAAAAGUUUUCACAAAAUAUGUGAACUCAAUUUUGACAAAAAUGUCAGAUAGAACCUUACACUCUUAAAUAUAAAGGUGCUUCACGAUGCCAUAGAAGAACCUUUUUUGGCUAAAUGGUUUCACAAAGAACCUUUAACAUCUGAAGAGUCUUUCUGUUUCUGUUGCAGCGAAAGAAGGUUCUUCAGAUUAUAAAAAGUUAAGAAAGAGAUGGUUCUUUACUGAACCUUUUACUGAAUGGUUCUUUUUGGAAUCAAAAACAGUUCUUCUAUGGCAUAGCUGUGAAGAACCCUUUAAAGCACCUAUAUUUUUAAGAGUGUAUAAUUCCAAGGCGGCGAUUUGUUGGGUAGCACUUUCUAUGAAGCUUUAUAUAUAAUGCAUCAUGAAGGUAUUCAUAAAUACAGUGUACAGAAUAAUCAGUUACCAAGCCAAGAAUCGCUGUUAUUAUUGGUAUAAACAAGUAUAGUUCGGUAUUUGACCAAACUAGAAUUAAAUUACGGACUUGAAUGAGAACCUUUUUUGCACAAAAAAAAAAAAAAAAAAAACCUAAAAUGCAUUAUGUAUAGGCUUCAUAAAUGUUAUUAUUUUUCAAAGAAGAACAAACUCAUUUGCAUUUAAUUUGCAAUUAUUAUUUUGAGGUAUUAUUUCGUUUUUUCAUAUCAUGUGAGCCAUUUCUAAAACUCAAAACGAGCAUUUUAUUGUUUUGUCUUUUAAAAGCCAUUCAAUUUUUUCAAGACUGAUGCCAAACUCCACCUGUUUGUUACUGUAUUAGGCAUUACAAAAGAGCAUAUUCCUAAUAUUUGUUUGCCUUUAACAGUUCAUUCAUGUGUGACUGUUGUGUCAAAGUGAAUAAUGUUUGAUUGUUAGUUUAAAACACUGUAUUGUAUGAAACAAAUGAAACAUUGAUUGAUUGCUUUUGCUUUAUUGUUCUGUUCUCAUUGACAUGUUUAUUUAAGCCAAAGUAUUCCUUAACUCUUCAGCUUUAGGACUUUUUUAAUUGAAUAUGAUUUUUUAAGAAAAGCAACCGUUGUUUAUGACUUUUUUAUAUUAUGUGUUUUUGCUUGUCAGAUUUCUAAGCACUGAUUUAAGAAGUCUGAUCUAGGCUACUCCUGAAAAGGCUGAUUUUCCAUUUGUUGAUACUGUGAAAGACUUUCAGACGUUAUUAAUGUGUUAAGGUAUUGAUGAGGGUGUUGGAUGUAAUGGCUAUUUACUUAUUUCCAAACUUAUGCAACUAAAAGUUCACUUUCAGUACCAGACCAGCACUGCAGAGGGCGUCAGUGUACUGUGAAUGAGUGUAAAAUGCAUCCUGCUGUCAAAGGAAACUGAUUGUAUCUGUAGAAUUAUGCAGGUCUGAUGAGUUGAUUCCUAAGUUAUGAGGGAUUAUGCGAGCUGGAAAAGAGUCACUUUUUUAUUAUUAUUGAUAUAAUGUGUUUGCUUUGUAAAUGAUUCAUUUGGAAAUUCAUUACUGAACUAUUCAGUAUUGUAGUUUCGCUUAAGCUGUUCAGAAUGACAUACUACCCUGCUAUUUAUACUACCUAAACUGCAAAAACAUUUUUUUUAUUUAGUAUUUUUGACUUGUUUAACAGAACAGAUAUCUAAACAUUUUGAUAUUAAGAUAUUAAGUCUUGUUUUCUGAAAAAUGUACCAAAAUUAAGUGAAUUUAAGCCUAAAACAAGACAAAUAAAUAAAUAAAUAAUAAACGUUAAAGUUCACAACGACUCAAAUUUAUUUUUCUUAUCCCACCGAUAGAUAUUUGUUCUUGUUUUAAGCAUAAAAUUACUUAUUAUUAUUAUUAUUAUUAUUAUUAUUAUUAUUAUUAUUAUUAUUAUUAUUUGAAUUAAUAUUAUUAUUUCGCCCCCACAGAAAACAAGACUUAAUAUCUUAUGUUAGUUUGCUUCUUAAGUUAAUGUAUCUUGAUUUAGGAAAGUUUAGAUAUUUUUACUAAAUACUAAAUACUAAGUAAGAAAAUCAUUUUUGAAGUUACCCUGAUGAUAACCACAAAAUUGCAUUAAAAAAUAUCAAAACAACCAGAAUGGGGCUAAUUUUAAACAUGCGACUUAAUGACGUUGUGUGACUAUAUUUUUAAAUUGUUACAUACUGCAUACAAUUUCACAUUGUUCUGUACAAAAAUACAAAACAAAACAAAAAGUAUAUACAGUAUGUAAUGCAUAGUAUGCAGUAAGCAAUACUCUAGUAUUUCAUUCUGAACCACACACAUUUUACAUUGUUUUGACCAGAAUAGACUUUUGAGGGGAGCGCGGGAAAGAAAGAAACAUAAAGCCAAUCGCCUUAGUAGAAGUCCGUAUAUCAUCAGAAUGAUUUUGGAGCGGAUAUUUUAAGGUAAAAAAAAAAAAAACA